AGGAGGAAGAAGAAAAAGUAGACGAAGAAGAAAUUAAAAUUAGCUAUCAGCUUUUGAAAUGUCCUAAAUAACUAACCAAUUGUAAUUAUUUGAGGUAAUAUAUUCUGCAACAAGGCAGAAAAAGGUUUACAAGAUAUACUGACUUUAAACGUUUAACAGACUUUGUUGUUGUUGCUGUUGUCAGUACGCUAACGGCUGCCUAACAGCUCAAAUGUAACGUCGACACCAACAAUAUACGUUGAGUUCGUUACAUACGUCACCAUAACGGUCGGAGACACUUCUUUUGUCCAGCAGUUAUUGUAAAUAUGGAUGAUUCCUCCGUGAUAAACAGAGCAGUUGAAGCAGAUCAAUGUUAUAUCUGCCUCAGAACCAUUGGGCAGCAAACAGUGGGUUCUCUGGAGAAAUGCCAGCAUGUCUUUUGCCUUCAAUGUAUUCUGCAAUGGUCCCAGACAGCCAACACCUGCCCCAUGGAUCGGAUCAGUUUUGGCUUUAUCUGCCAGAGACGGUGUCCUGGAGGGGCCAUUCAAAAGAAAAUAAAAGUGAGGACAAAGAAAAAGGGAGAAGAUGAUCAUGAUGAAGAGGAGGAGAGCCAAGCUGUUACCUGUGAGGAAUGUGGACGCAGCGACCGCAGGCACCGGCUGCUGGUGUGCACUCACUGUGAUUCAGGGUAUCAUAUGGACUGCUUGACGCCACCAUUAAACACAGGCCGUGAAGGCGACUGGAUUUGUGCUGAGUGUGCGGUCACUCCUCAACAUACAGAGGACUCCGUGGUGGAAGUGGAGAUCAGUGAUGGAGAACUAACAGACCUCCUAGCUGAAGCAGACGAAUCUGAAUCUACAGGCAGUCGUCUUCGGCCCUCCACCAUAAAUCGCUCCAGCAGCUCCACGGAACGACGACACAGCGAGAGGGUCCAGAGCAGAGCAGACCCUCUUCCUCUGCCCCAAACCUCCUGGCAUGUACCUAAAUACCUGUUACGGGCAUCGAAGGCUGCAGUCACAACAGAGGAAGAAGCUGCACUUCACAGUGCAACCAGCAGUGCUUCAGACAAGGUAAACACAAGAAAAAGAAAGAGGCAUGCAACCUGAGCUCCUGACAUCAAGAAGAGUUGACUGCCUGGUAUAGGUGCUCCUGUCAGAAAAGACCACAUGGUGGCAGCAUUGUGUUCCAAACAUGAACUGACCAAAAACCUGACUUCUGGUGUUGCUUUUAACAGUGAUGAUGUUUGCUAUUGUUUUAAAGGCACGUUUUUUUGUGCUCACAGUUGCUUUGUCACAGCUGGCAUAGUGUGGAUGGAGAUACAGUAGAUUGUAGGUGAACCUUGAACAAAUAAAGUAUUUGAGGCAACACAAAGGUCUGAGACUCCUUCACAUUGUUCCUCAUCCCUCCUCCCUCAGCAGCACUGAACCAUCGCUUAGCAACAGCAUCCUCCGCCUCAUUUCAACUCAGGAUCUCGUCCCGCUGAACGAGAGAGAGGAGGCAGCUUCAGUCAGACACACACAUCUGAUGUUUAGGUUCAUCUGAAACCAUCCUUUCAUGUUUAAAAUCAAUCAUGUGUCGGAUUGGACGCCUUUAAAUCCUAAAUAGAUUGUAAAAAUAAAAAAAUGCAAUGAAAAAUAUAUCCAUGAGUUC